AUGUCAAGUAGAAGCUCCAUAUUGGACAGUCUUGAGGAGUUGGACUACUCUGAUCCUGAAAGUGUGCAUGAGGCUCAGAUGAAACCCACAAACCGGAGAAAGCAGGUGGCACCUGGGCCUCAGCCGCUUAAGAAACCCAGGAGGAAUGCUGCUUUACGGGUGCUGUCCAGCCCCAGCAGUAGCCCCGUCUCUGUUACUCCAGAGCCCUCCUUGCAGCAGCAGUCUUCCUCCCAGGGGACAUCCAGACAGCUCUCUCCCAGCAGAUCUUUGAGAAGUGUGAGCGAGGGAAACCAGGGAAUCAGUGCAAAGGAUAUCUAUUGUGCUGUUUGCUCAGGAAAAAGUGCGAUGAUGACUGUGGUGGAUGAGUGGCUGGACAGCUACAAACAGAGCCGAGAGGCGGGGUUGCUGGUGCUCAUCAACUUCAUUGUUCAGUGCUGCGGAUGCAAAGGUGUGGUCAGCAGAGAGAUGCUUGACAGGAUGCAGAAUGCUGAGAUUAUCAGCACACUAACCAAGGAGUUUAAUGAGGAUUCAGUGAACUACCCUUUAAGCACUCCAGGCCUUCAGCUGAAGCAUUUUAAAGCCGGUCUGUGUGAGUUUGCCCGGGUUCUGGUGCGCUCCUGUCGAAAUAGCUUGAUAUAUGAUGAAUACCUCUUCCCCUCCCUGCUGGCCUUGCUCACCGGUCUGUCUGACUCCCAAGUUAGAGCCUUCAGACACACCAGCACUCUGCUGGCCACGAAAUUGAUGUCAGGGUUGGUGGAAGUAGCUGUUGCAGUGAAUGUUCAGCUGCAGACCACCCAACGCCGUUACGAUAUAGAGAUCAGUAAGAGGCCAAACGAAAGAGCCUCUGACAAAGUGGAGCAACUGAAGGCGAUUCUCAGUGAGUUGCAAGAGAACAGAGAAGAGCUCUCCUCCAUGAUGAACGCCACUUUCCGUGGCGUCUUUGUACAUCGUUAUCGUGAUCAACUGCCUGAAAUCCGUGCAGCGUGCAUUGAGGAGUUGGGCCUGUGGCUGAAAACAGACCCGGAAGACUUCCUCAAUGAUGGAUGCCUGAAAUAUCUGGGGUGGAUGCUGAACGACAAGCAAAGUCCAGUGCGUCUGCAGUGUGUGCGUGCCCUGCAGGAUCUGUACCAGGAGACAGAGUUCAUUGGCCGCCUGGAGCUUUUCACUAGCAGAUUCAAAGAGAGGAUUCUCAACAUGGUGCUGGACAAAGACUUAGACGUGGCGGUGGAAGUGGUCAAUCUGUUGCUGAUGAUCCAACAGAAUGCAGAGGAAGGCCUGAAAGAGGAGGAGUGUGGACACGUCUAUCCUUUGGUUUAUGCUUCACACCGAGGUCUGGCUUCUGCAGCCGGUGCAUUCCUCUACAACAAACUGAAACAUGUAAUUGAUCUUGACACCCAGGGGAAGGAUCAAAGCAACAAUGCCCCCUUUUUUCAAAUACUCAUCUCCUUCUAUAUCCAGAGUGAGUUUCAUGAGCAUGGGGCGUACCUGGUGGACAGUCUGUGGACUGCAGCAGGGUCUGAGCUGAAAGACUGGGAGACGAUGACAACUCUGCUUCUUCAAGAUUCUGGAUUGCUGUACGAGGAGGAGGGUGUGCUCUUGGAAAUUAUGAUGUGUGCCAUGAGACAGGCAGCACAAGCAACUCCACCUGUUGGGAGAAGUCAGGGCAAAAAGAUCCAGAGUAUGAAGGAUAAGAAGAUCCAGGAACAAGACAGGAAUUGCAUUACCACACACUUCAUCCCUAUACUGCCACAGCUGCUUACCAAGUACUCGGCAGAUGCGGCAAAGGUGAGCCUUCUUCUCAAAGCUCCUCUUUACUUCGAUCUGGAGAUGUUCAGUAGCACUCAGUGGCUGGAAAAGCAUCUGGACCUGCUGCUGUCUCAGAUAUGUGGCAUUGUCAAAAAGCACACAGAGGUCAAUGUGCUGCAGGCUUGUAGCCACCUGGUUAGCACCCUCUGCUCAGACUGCUACACCUUCUCCUCCCGCGCACACCUGGCGUUCAGUCAGCUGAUGGAUGAACUGACUGAAUGUUUCAACACCUACCUAAGUGACCUUCUGCAGGGAAAUGCAGAUGAGGAUGACCUAUACACUGCCACCACCGCCUUGAAGAGAAUCGCUGCCUUGAGCAGUGUUAAAGACCCAACUGGUUGGAAGCUGUUUGACUCCUGUCUUGAGUUACUGAAGAACAGGCUGGAGUCUAUGGAUUUUGACACAGAGCUCAUGGUGGCGGCUCUGAAAUGUGCAGGAUUUCAUCUUAUGUGGGCCAAAGUGAAUGUAAUCAACUUCAAGCCAGAUAAGACUGAACUGAAACGUCUGAAGAAGGAUGUACGUUUCUUCUGCAGAAUCUGUCAGCCCUGUUUGUGUCUGGAUAAGACUGAGAUAAGAGAUCAGGCGUUUGAGCUGCUGUGUGACCUGCUGCUGUUGUACAGCACGUGUUCGGUUAGCACAGAGCCGGCUCUGCAAACACUGGUCCACCUGCCGUCUGAUUCUCUCCGUGCUGAGUUGGCUUCUUUCCUUCUGGACUACGUCUUUGCCGACACAGAAGAUGUUGAGCUUGAAGAUGAAGAUGAUCUAAAAAUUGGUCUUCUUCAGAAGAAGCGCAACCAGCUGGCAGGUUACUGUAAGCUGGUGAUCUACGGGGUUCUGGACCUCAGUGCAGCAACCAAUAUCUUCAAGCACUAUAGCAAGUAUUUUAAAGAGUUUGGUGAUAUCAUAAAGGAGACUGUGAGCAAGAGCAAACUCAUCAGCCCCAUACAGAGCGCCAAGACUGUCUGCCUGAGCCUGCAGCAGAUGUUCUCAGAGAUGCUUACGGAGGGCCAAAACCAGCAGGAUUUUGCUGAAAUUCGAGACUUGGCCAAACGGCUUGCCAUGAGCUUCGGCGUCGAUCUUCAACAUGUCCGCAAACCGCUGGUGGCCCUGCACUUGGACGGUAUACGUUUUGCAUUUCGAGGUGCGCAGGACGAAGGGGAGGGACAUCCAAAUGUGACCUUCUUGGAAGUCCUCAGCGAGUUCAGCUUCAAGCUGGUUCCACAAGACCGCAACCAACUGUGA